AUGCUCGAUGUUGUGAUGAAGCAAACCCGAAAAGUUACAAGGAAGCUUGAGGGUCACGCCAAAAGAGUCACAAGCCAUGCCUUCUUGAAUACUCUAUUUUUGUGUGGGGCUGGGUGGGAAAAACAGAGAAGCAAAUUGUUGCAGAUUCCAGAUGGGAAGGAGUUGAGAUCAUUGUCAGGUACUUACAUCCAAAUUCAUCAGAAUGAGCUGCAACUCCUUGUCAUAAACAAGACUCACCUUGCAUGGGUUCCAGAUUUUUCUGCAUCCAUUUCCCAUGCAACAUACUCAGGUGAUGGCCAGACGGUAUAUGGAACUAUAUGCAUACUUGAUGCUUCAGUUCUUGAACUACAUUGUCAAAUCAAUCCCUCCGCUUACCUUGAUCCGGUGAGUGUGAUAUUUGGUGGCAUGCACAUUGGAAACUACAAUUACUUUCAGACAUGGCUUCACCGCUCAAUUUAA